AUGAAGACAGCUUCAAAGAAACCUGUAAACCAAAGUGAACUGUUGCAGACUCGACAAUCCUUACCUGUAUGGAAACAUAAAGAUGUAUUGAUCGAUACUAUUAUGAAAAGUGAACAUUGUGUUAUUGUUGGAUCAACAGGGUCUGGUAAAACUACCCAGAUUCCUCAGUUUUUAUAUGAAAAGAAUUUAACUAACGGGGGGAUUAUUGCAAUAACUCAACCUAGGCGUGUCGCUGCUAUAAGUGUCGCACUACGUGUUGCAGAUGAAAUGGACCGUGGUCCUGUUGGCAUCGGACCGGUUGGUUAUAGUGUAAGAUUUGAAGAUAUGUCAAAUGAAAAGUCCACACAUUUAAAAUAUAUGACUGAUGGUAUGCUAUUACGUGAAGCUAUCCUAGAUCCUAAUCUCUCACGUUAUCGUUUUAUUAUUUUGGAUGAAGCUCAUGAACGCAGUUUGAAUACUGAUAUAUUAUUCGGAGAAAGACAUUCAAAUAACAAAAAGUUCCUUCCUUUGUUAAAGAUCAUUGUUAUGUCAGCUACAAUCGAUCCAACGCCUUUUUUAAAUUUCCUUGGCCCAGAUCAUACUCAAGUUGUGUACAUAGAAGGUCGACGGCAUCCUAUAAAGAUCUUAAAUGUUUCUCAGUCUUUAACAGAUUAUGUGGCGGAUGCAGCUUCUGUUUGUAUUCGGAUUCACAAUUCAAAGAAUUCUCCUUUAGACCGUGGUAUUUUAAUUUUUCUAACUGGUGAAGAAGAGAUUAUGCGAUGUUGUUCCUUAAUCAAACAAUUAUCUCAUUCAACAAAUAUUGAUCAAAUAGAUUCAACUAAAAAUAGACUUGUAGUAUUUCCACUUUUCUCAUCAUUACCUCAGAUCCAACAGUUGAAAGCAUUAAAUUUUUGUGAUAAUAAUGCGCGUAAAGUGAUUGUCAGUACAAAUUUAGCAGAAACAUCCAUCACCAUCCCAGGUGUACGUUAUGUGAUAGAUUGUGGGCGCGCAAAAAUAAAAGACUGGGAUCCUAAAACCGGAUUUGAAUGUCUUCGUGUUCAAUGGAUUUCCAAAGGACAAGCAUGGCAGCGUUCAGGACGUGCUGGACGUGAAGCAGCAGGUGUUUGUCUUCGAUUAUAUACUGAUUCAGAAUAUAAAAAUAUGCCACUUCAACCUAGACCGCAGAUGUUACAAGCUCCACUUAGUGGAGUUUUACUGAAUCUUGUAUCUAUGAAUAUAAAGAAUCCUACCCAAUUUCCAUGGCUAUCUUCGCCUAAACCGUCCUCUAUUGAAGCUGGGAUCAAACUACUUCUUCAGUUAGGUGCUGUUGUAGUGGAUGAUGAUGAAGUAGAACCGUUAUCUUCCAAAUGCGUUCAAGAGGCAAUAACUAGCACGGAUUCAAAUAAAUUAAAUGAUUCUGUAAAAAUUCCCUACCCACUCUCUCUAACAGUUCUUGGACGACUUAUGUCAGCUUUCCCAUUGGAGCCAAGAUUUUCCAGAACGUUGAUUUCUGCCGCUUAUUUGGGUUGUCUAAUCGAAAUACUAAGUAUUAUAAGUAUGCUUUAUGUUUGUCCUGUGUUUUAUGUGCCAGUUGAGAAACGCAAUGAAUUUUCAGAUGUUCAGUCUCGGUUUCGUCAUCCAUCUGGUGACCUCGUCAGCCUUCUUUUAGUUUAUCGUGGAUUUAUUAAAGCUACUAAAGAUGCUCGUUCAGAGAAAUCAGUCAAUUCGAAAAAUUCUCAAUCAAAUAUAGAUUCUUCUACACAGUCUCCGUCAAAAUGUAAAUUGUCCAAGCGUAAUUCAAAGCUUCAAUGGUGUCGUGCUAAUUUUAUAAACAGAUCUCGUCUAGAAACAGCUGUACGUGUACGUGGUCAACUAAAACAGAUUAGUCAAAGUAUAGGAUUGACUAAUUAUAUGCAUUCAUGUGGAACAAAUGUAGAAAAAAUUGUGCAAGCCUUUCUUUUAUCAGGUUUUCAAGACCAGGUUGUAAUUCUUUCUGAAUUGUCAAAAAUAUACAAAGGUGAUACUCAACGAUUGAUUAAAAACUCUCGUCAUCCCGUAUAUGUACAAAGUAAAACCAUCAAUUUGUCAACAAAUUCACCUCAGGAAUUGUUGAUUCAUCCAGAAUCGCAAUUAUACACAUCUUCAUUAAAUAAUCCACCUCCAUGUUUACUCUUCAUUGAAGCUGUGACAAGUAGUGAAUACAAAUUUCAAUGUAACAAUACAAUUGAACAAAAUGAUCGUGUAUUUAUGCGACAUGUCUCAAUAAUUGAUCAGUCAUGGUUAUCACUUACAGAAAAUAUACCGAAAUCAAUAUUGAUCAAUUGUCCGUCAAAUCAAACAAAUAGAAAUUUACCAUUAAAAAUGAAAAGAACUUCAUCUGAUUUUGAACAGUCGCCUUUUAACAAAAAGCGUCGAACUAUUCAUAAUAAUAAUAAUAAUGUUAAUGACAAUAAUACUAAUAAUGAAUUAACACCAUUACAACCGACUUUAAAGUAUAUAGCUCCUAAUAAUAGUAACGAUAACAGUAGUAGUACAAAUAUUCAUAUGAACAAUAAUUCAUUAAUAAAUUGUAAUGGAUUAAUAAGAUCUGAGCAUAUCCCCGCACAAUUAAGUCGUAGUCAAAACGGCGCCUUGCCAAACGUCGUAAACGAUGUUUAA